AAAUACUUGUAAUUUAUAAUUGUCAAUGUAGGUUAGAAAAACAAAUUUCUGACAUUCAGUGACAGCUAUGGAGCCAAUGGUGCAUGACGCCGUCAAGCCGAUCGGCUUCUUAAUUGGUAAAUGGAAAUCGUUUUCCGCCAAUGGGAAAUUUCCUCCGAGGGUCGACCCAUUCACGUACAAGGAGGAACUUGAAUUCACGUCCAUGGGACAACCUAUGUUAAACUACAAAUCGACCACAUGGCAUCCCGAAAGCGGGAAACCUAUGCACCUAGAAGUCGGUUUCCUGAAAGUGAAGCCAGGCACCAAGGAAGUUGCGUUCAUCGUCGCCCACAAUUUCGGAAUUACAUCGGUGGAAGAAGGCGUGGUCUUUGAUGAUAAGUCCAUAAAGGUUAAGGGAACGAAAAUCUCAAGGGCGGAGAUGAACAAGGAUCCGUCCGUUACCGAAAUCCAAAGGACCAUCGAGUUGAAGCAGGAUGGUCGUUUGCAAAUCAUUGUUUCAAUGAGUACAUCUCUUAAUGAUAAUUGCGAAGAACAUUUGGUUGUGGUUUAUGAGAAAGUCGAUGGUUAAAGUUAUUUAUGCGUAGUUAAAUUGUAUUUCGUUAAAAUAAAUAUAUCAUUUAUAUACAAA